CAUGUGACGACCGACCAGCAAAGCAGGAAAUGUAGCUAGAAAACGACUCUGACUGUUUCAUUCUGAAAUAAGCCAUGUACUACUUGUGUACCGGAAUAUCCAGAUUACUAAAGUUGUGGAUGGUCUGUGCAUCCCUUUUCGUAAACUAUGGAUUCGCCGGUAAAAUGAAGAUAGUUGAGGAGCCGAACACAUUUGGGUUGAAUAAUCCUUUUGUGGCUCAAGGAAGCAGACUACAGCCUAAAGCGACCCCAUCUCCGGUGUCCGGCCCAGUGCAUCUUCAUCGACUUGCUGGAAAGUGCUUCAGUCUCACAGAAUCAACGUAUAAAUAUGAAUUCUGUCCAUUUCACAACAUCACCCAACAUGAGCAGUCAUUCAGGUGGAAUGCUUAUAGUGGGAUAUUGGGGAUCUGGCAGGAGUGGGAAAUAGCAAACAACACUUUCACAGGAAUGUGGAUGAGAGAUGGGGAUGCUUGUGGGACUAGAAACAGAGAAACAAAGGUGAUUUUUGUCUGCAGCACAAGCAGCAAGCUUUCUCAAGUCUCAGAGCCCAGCACUUGUGUGUACUCGCUAACCUUUGAGACACCACUUGUUUGCCAUCCACAUUCUCUUUUAGUUUACCCAACACUGACUGAGAAACUGCAGGAGGAAUGGGAUGAAGCUGAACAGGCUCGCUAUGAGGGUCUUAUUACUGAGCAGGGAUACAAUAAUCUUUUGAGGGACAUUUUUGAAGAUGCUGGUUUCCUGAAGAGCCAAAAAGUGAAGGUCAGUCAGCCAGAGGCUACAGACAACUCAGAAACACACAACUCUUUACAGAAAUGUACCGAGGACUUCCAAAAACAGAGAGAAGAGAUUGAGAGACUGCGUGCUCUCCUCACUCAACACAAUAUUCCUUUUGAUUCAAAGCCAGGUAAGUCAACUCAACUCAGCAGUCUUCACUCAUUUAACUUGUACACAGCAUGUACAGUACUUUCUUGUGUGCAAUAUCAUUUGAUGUUCAUAUAUGUUACAGAUGAAGCAAAAGGUACAGUGAGCGUGACCGUUAAGGAUCAACACCUGAGGGGUGACAACGGCCUUAUCGAUUUACAGUGAGAAGCACCUGGAGCAAGUCAGAGCAAGUCGCAUCCUCCGUUUACAAGCACCUGGAUUGGACUGUCUUGGUCACUGUGAGUGACAGAGACACUCGCUGGACAAUAUUCCUGUCACUGGUGGCAGCACUAAAGGUUCAUUUGAACAAGUUACACUGAGAAAAACUGAAGUCUCUGGAUGCCUUAUGCUCUGUACACUCAGAAUCAGAAAAUAUCCACAAUGAGACAUCUACAUGGGUUUAUGUACCAAGUAUACUGGUAGUUCAUGUGUGUGUGUGCCAAACCAAAAGGCAAAAGUGGAGCAAAAAUCUUAACCAAUGAUGUUAUUUAUAUAUUUGGCCUUAUACAGUGACAGAAGUAUUUAAAUGCCUAGUGUACUGUAUUGAGUGUAUUUUUAUGAACUGAGGAAGCAAGGUCGUGUCAUCACCCUUUUACCGACAUAUAGACUUAGCUUCCUUCCUGUGACAAGUUUGCAACCUGAAUUAAGAGUCAAACAUGGGCCUCUGCAGCACAGGAAGCCUACAUUCUCCAACACUGCAGCCAGAACUGGCAGGUGCUCCUAUAGCUACUGUAUAUCUGGUUUGGGCAUAUGAGAGUUAUAUGGUUGGUUAUACUGAUACAAUGUAAAAUGACAUUAGAUUAUAAUCACACACUUGAUGUGUAAGAUUUAAGAAAAGGGUUGACAUUAAUCCUAAAAAUGAGCAGAUAAGUAUAAAUCUCACAUGCUCAUAAUGUGGAAUGUGAA